CGAUUGGUUAGUCAGCUGUUCUCCGAUUGGUUCUUUACCGGUGUUUUGAGUUCACAAAACCGCGCAGGCUCAGCUGUAGCGUAUUUUCCUACUGACAUCGCCGGUGUGCUCAUUGGAUUAGGAUAGUCUUAUUAGAUUAUACACGCUAACAGAUUUUCUAAAUUAUCUUUUAAAUCUAACUGUAAUUAAUAAAUCAUUUUCAAAAUGGUUCGCGUCGUCAGUCAAAAUUUUAGUCCACCUAGAAGCCGUCACAGUUCUGGUGAAACGGAUAGGGAUCUUGCAGAGAGGGCCAACUUAGCCUUGGGCUUGUCAACUUUAGGUCGUAAAAGAGUUGAUUUGCCAGAUUCAUGUGAUUCUAGUGAUUCCUUUUGGGAUUCUGAGUUGGAUGGAGAUCAUUACGACACACUUGUAUCGGAAAGUGGAGAGACAAGUAAUGACAUUAACGGCAAUGAAAACCCAGAAAAGUCGGUAAGUAUCGCUUGACCUAGUUUUAACACUCAGCUGCUGCCUGAUCAGCUGUCCAGGUGCUGAUCGGCUGCAUGUUAACUACGUCACACUACUGUCGCCCUGUAAACAUUUCUUACUUAGGGCUAAUGCAAUUAUUUUAUUUGCAGAUAUGAGUAAGGCAGAGUUUUUUUACCAUUUUUGAAAAUUUUGUGCUCCUAGUGAUAAUCAUUUUAUGUUUUCCAUAAAUCAUUUUGUAGUACCAGUUUUCUUUGAUUCGCUUGCAUCGCAGCUGAUCGAGGUCACCAGGGGAAUUAACCCCGUUCCCAGCUGAUCGGUGACCCGCCCACUUUUUGAAAAUAUUUCCAGGAGACAGUAUAUUUUGUUAGAAAAUUACAUUUUGUCUCAGAAAAUAAAUUUAAAACAAUGCACACAUUUUCUCUUUGUAAGAUUGGUAGGCCAAGCACAUCAUUUUCAGUAGUAAAAAGCGUCUACUAUGUUUUUAUGCUUAGCCUUCAACCUUGCAUAAAUUAACUGACUUACCUCCUUAUGUAGCCCCUCCCUUUUUUGCCCUUUUCCCCCCAAUGCAAAUGGGCCUUGUGAAGGCCACAUUUUCGUUAGUCACAUUUGCCAUAACAGGUUUAUGAAAUAUGUCUGCAGUCUUAUGACAGUGAUUUACAAGAGAUUACCAAUGAAAGCAUUUGUCGCGUACUCAUUUGAUUUGUCGUAGACUUUGGUCUUAAAGUUACGUCCUUGGCAGUCUGUAAUACUAAUACCAUAUUAACAUUGAAUUUUAUAAGUUGUAAAGACUAAGAUAAGAUAUGUACUAUUUAAAGUACCUUCAAAUUUUUAAUUUAACAUUAACAAAGACGCUGACAUCAGGGGCGUAGCUGGGGUUAGUACCACUUGGUAGGCCAAUAUUGUUUGCCCCCAGCCCUUUCCUUCUCAUGUGAAAAAACUCUGCAGCAUGCCGAAAAUGACAUCUUCAUUAGCAUUAGGCCUUUAGUAGGAAAGGGCGUCGGGGGGGGGGGGGGGGGGGGGGGGGUGUGGUCUGACCCUCACCGUUGAGGGAUUUAUAAACUUAAAUGGCUGCCCAGUUAACAUUAGUAACCACAUUAUGUUUUUAAAAUAAACUUUAAUUCCUGAACUAUCAAACUUUGGCCUAUAAAGUUAUGACUUUCAUUCUGCAGAAAAACUUUUUGGACAAUCUUCAUGAAAUCGAUUUAACAUGGUUUGAAUUUAGGACAAAGUUUUGGUUGGGAAAGCGGUUUAUUUUAGUUUUUUUCCUCCUCAAAAGUUUUUUUAGAUCAAACUUUAUGUGACACAAAAAGUUCUCUCAACAACACACCUUCAUUAUUGUAAAAAUAUUCUUUUUCUUUACCAAGGAUGUGCAAAGCAAGAGAAAGGAGCGCAGGAGAGAGCGUAACAAGUUGUCUGCACAAGCUUAUCGACAGCGACGAAGGCACCAGAGUGUUAAAGACCAACAGGUACUUUAAUUUUAGUAAAAAUGCAGCUCUCUGGCCUAGUAAGUCUGUUUGUUAAGAAUAUAUAAAUGUGUAUAUAGGGUUAAAAUAUGAAAUACUCAUGAGUCAAAUUUACAAUGAUGUACUUUGUCUGUGGGUUUGACCUCUGAAAUGUAUAUAUUCUCUUCUCAGCAACUGAUGCAACUUGAAGCUGAGAACAAGAGACUUCAUAAGCUGGUAGAAGCCCUAGAAAAGAAAACAGAGGAUGCUAGACAGCGCCUUCGCAACUGUUCUGUUCCUGUACCCGAUCUUCUUGCUCUUGGAGCUGUAGGAGGCUCACCAUCACCCAGUGAAAUGAACAAGAAAAAUACCAAUAUUAACGACAUUGGACCCCAAUUCCACAUCCCGGCAUCACAUCAUGACCUCACUACACACCACCCACCUUUAAACCCCAGCCCAACAUUUGGUCCAAACCUUCCUUCUCCCAUGCAAAUCGCAGAUCCCCGUAAACAGAUUCCUAUCCUAGUUAAUGGCAAUACAGCUGGCUACAGCACAUUUUGUCCAGCCAACAGAUCCACUUCAGACUGCAAUUCUACAGCACCCACCCAUUUAUUUAUCAACACCAAUGCCUUUGAGGGAUCUCUUGUUACUCCAGAAGGGACAAAGUUACCAGCAGUUUGCAUCCCUGCUUUUUUUGCAGUUCCAUUAGAAAAUAAUUCCCCAUCUUUCAAUAGUAACCUGAAUUGUAAACCCCUCAAACCAUCUUUCCCUAAAUCCAAACCCACCCCUGAUCUCCUAUCUCUAGCACCCAAUGACCUUUGUAGUGGUACGCCCCAAAAAGAAGAGUCUCAAGUCAUCCGUUCAAUGUGGUGGAAUGUUAAAGGGAAUCAGUGCCAUGCCAAUGGAAAUGUCAUGAUUGGAGCUGCUGUCUGUGGUGGUAAUAUGGAGUCGUGCAAUAGUGGCAACAUGAACAAUGCAAACCUAAAUGCAAUUGAUCCCAACGGGAACAAUGACUGUGAUAAAAAAUCAAAUAUGCAACAGAUAAAUGCCAAUUCUCAAAAUAUGUCUUUCAAUAUCAAUCAAACAGCUGGCACCAUUGGUCAGGGUGGUCAAGAGCUUGAAAAAAUUCAACACAUGGCCAAACAUCCUAGUUCUGUUCAGUACUAUUUACACAAUGACCAAUCCAUGUCAGUAUCUGUCAAGUAAAUGUUUUUUUCUUCUUUUAACAUGAAAAUAAAAUUAGCUUUAAACUUGUAUUACUGGAAAUGAUUACAAAAAUUGUUUAUAAUAGAAAUCAUGCAGACACCACAUUAAAAAAUGAUUGAUUCAUUUGAGUGUAUGAAAAAAAAACGGAUAGAAAUUGUUAGUGGACAGAAAGAACUUUGGCAUCUUCGUUUAAAUUAAUUUUUGGUUUGUUUCAGUUUCUAUGAAUUGAGAAUAAGUUUUUCAAACUUAUAUGUAAUAAGUAUCUUUAACUUCCAUUGCAGUAAAUUUGGACGUAAUGCUUUAAUUUUUUUUAAUUGGUUAAGUUGACAUAUUGUCAUCCAUCAAUACGGAUAAGACUUAAGAUCUGAUUGUUAUUUUUUAAAAUAAAAUGUUUCUCAACAUAAAACUAAUUUUGUAAUAAAUCAGCUAAUUGUUGUAAUGUAAAUUAAAAAUUUUUUUUUUCAUUUUAUAUUUGUACCAUUUUAUUGAAAUAGUCAGCCAAGCAAAUAUUAAUAGCUGUGUUUUAGUCUUUCAUGUACACCAUUUUUUAAUGUUUCCAGCUUUUUAUUUAAAAACUAAAAAAAAAAUCAGCAACAUGUAGUUGUCUCAAAAUUCUACCAAAGUUAGUGUAUGUCACUUUCUUAACAGCAAGAGGUUUUUCAAAUGUUAGGCCACAAUGUUUGACAAUAGAUUUAGUUCAAUUUCUCAAAUGAUUUUGUGUUCUUAUCUCUAAAAUCCAGAUACAUAGAAACUCUGUAUCAAUAUAUUUAUUUUAAAGUCUAAAAUAAGCCUUAUCAAAUGUGAUGUCAUUUUUAAUUUACUUGCUUGACAUUUUAUAAACAGUUUCAUUCUGGUUUGAUUUGAGGGUUGGUGGAAAAAAUGUUGUAUUUUUACAAGAAAAGUGCCAUUAUUUAAAAACUUGUUCUCUUGUUUGAUUCCAUAAUUUUCUCAUUGACCUAUGAGUAACAUUAAUAUAGUAUCCUGGGUAUUAUAAAUAUAGCAUAGUAUUUGGAUUAAAAAAAAAGGCAAUAAGCAAACCUUAAGUUCUGGAUGGUAAUCAAUGGUAUCCAAAGAUUAUGGAUCCCAGUACUUUAGGUGUUUUUUGCCAUAAUCGAGAGAGUAAAUAAAAAUGACUUUAGCCUUAAUGGGCAGGAAAAACAUUUCAUUGCAUCAGAAAAUGACUUUAGGUAAAAUUAGAUAUUUAUAAACUUGCAAGCGGGAUCUAUGAGGCUGUUGCAUCAACUUCUAUUAUGAACUUAAGAUUGCAUCAGCUAAUUUCAUGAUAAAGGUAUAAGUAACCUAUAAUUACCUGGUGUUUUAUUAUAAUAAUUAAGAACCCACUAGUCCUUUUGGGAAAUGAAUUGAGAUUACUUAAAUUGAUAACUUGUGAUGCUUUAUAACAUAUUUUAACUUCAACUUCACAGAAGGCUGAAAAUUUUUAUCCUUUUAAUAACCUUUAAAGUGAAUUCGUAACAAAAAAUAUUUGUACCGGUACACUAAAAAAUAUGUUUGAAUCUAACAGCUUUUGGUAGUUUUAGUGCUUUGACAAAAAUAACGGCAUUUGUCAUAGAGUUCUUAGAAUUUUUAAAGCUACUAUUUUAAAUUUUCAAAAAAUUAGCUUAAUGGCUCAAAAUUUAUUUUAACUCCCUCUAUUAUGAGUUCCUAGCAAAUUGUUUAUUUGUAGUGUUUUAGUUAAAUGUUUUACAUUAAACAGCUUGAUAAGAUUAAAUGGGCAAUACUUUUAGUAGCAGUGGUUUCAAUUAUGGAGAAUAAUUUACGGUCCUUCACCUUCAAUUAUUUCAUUUCGAGAAGACUAAUGAUAUUGAAAAAUGUAAAUUAUGUCUAUUGGAUGUCCAAUACACAUUUAACAUAAGUUUCAAUAAGAUACCUUUCUUUGUCAUUCAAUACUUGUACUUAUUUUGUUAUAGAAAUAUGCUAAUGAUUUUAGUGUUAUAUAUCAUUUCAUGCAUAAGAAAGCUUUCUGGAGCUUUUUUCAUAUUCUUAUUGAAACAUAAUUUUAAGUUUUAAUUUUUGCUUUGUUGCUUCCAGCGCUUUUGUCAUGUUUUUCAAUAUCCAACAUUUACCAAAUAUAUAGGUUUGAAAAUAUUGCAUGUAAUGUUGAACUUCAAUUUUAAAGAAACGGAAAAUAUUUUUUGUAUUUUUAAGUAAUGUAAAUAAAUUUACUUUUAAAAUACAAUUAUUAAUUAUAAAAUCCAUUGCUUUGCUUAUUUAAUAAUUAUCUUUUUUUUAAAUUAUGGAAGUGUAUUCUAUUAUUAUAUAACAUGUCAUCUUAUUAUAUUACAAUUUAAAUCAUUUAUGUCUUGCUAAAAUUUGUUUAAUUUCAUUGAUAUAUUAAAAAAAUUAUUGUUGUCACAAAAAAUUAUUUGCUUUUCUUUGGAUUCUUGAUAGAUCAGCAUACCAUAUUAAAUGACAUAACAUCUAUCUGUAAGAAGUGACCUUUCAUUAGCUUUCUAUAUUAGAAAUAUGUAUGGGUAUGUUCUGCUUAAUCUCUUCUUGGCAAAGAGUGUCUCAAUAUCAGUAUUUUAUUUUAUGUUUGAAACUUGGAAAUUUCCCCGAGGUUUGUGUUAUUAGUUUCUGUAAAUUAUGGUUUCCCUGUGCCUCAGUCAGGACCGUAUUUUUUUCUGAUCUCAAUUAAUUCAUCAUGUAUCUUAAAAGAAUUAUUUCUGGAAAACCCAUUUUUAAUAAAAUAAUUAUGGCAAAUGUAAGAAUUUAUUUGCAGAAUUUACUAUUUUGGAUAUUCUUUUCCACAAUACCAGCACUCUACAUAAAAAAAAAACAACUCAAAAGCCCCUUGCAAACAAAAGAAACAUUAAAAUUAAAAUGUAAUUAUAUUUCAUAAAUUUUAGCUUUCAGCUAUAUUUUAAUAGUAUCGUGAAUAGAAGUGUUUACUUCAAGAUAAAAGUUAAUUCACUUAGUUGAUUGUUCUUUUAGAUGACUAUGGCCAAUUGCCAUUUGUUUCAUUCAUGCAUAAAUUCAACAUUUGAAUUUGAAUCAAUGGACUGGGUUUGCAAUAUGUUGUUUCUAGUGACUGGAUAUUUGUACAUGUAAAUGUAAUUCAUGUGCUAUUAAUAUUCAACAAAAUGUCUUGUUUAAGUUUAUAUACUUUUUAUGGAAUGAGUCUUUCAUACAAUUCACAAGCACUAAAAAUCUAAUAAAAGUCAUUGUGACCUGACGAAAUGUUCGUCUUUUGUUCUAAAUCUAAAUAGUAAUAGGACUGUAUUCUGUAUGUAUAAUGAAUAAUGUAUGAGUAUGGUGAAUGUCUUCUGAAUUAGUCAAU